UGUAGAGCCCCCCCAUCCUCUCAUCCUCUCAUCCUCUCAUCCUGCAGACCAUCGGGCGGACGGACAGAUUUGCAGACAGUCAUGUCGGUGUCGCCCGCCCUCGUCGACCUCUCUCGCCUCUAUCAGACAGAGUUUGUCCGUAGCGCCCGCGCGGUCGGCGUCCUCUGGGCCGUCUGCUCGCUCUGCUUCGCCAUCAUCCAGGUGGUCGUCCUGGUGCAGCCGUCCUGGAUCGGCACCGGAGACACCCGCCACCAGGGGGUGGGACCGGCCCCGCCGAGCGGCACCCUGGGACUGUUUGAGGUGUGUGUGGAGUCGGACUGGCCGGUCCCAGACUGUCGUGGUGGUCUGUCCAGUCUGUCUCCUCUGCCGUCCUUCCAGUCGGUGGCGGUGUUGGUGGGAGUUUCUCUGUGGGCGGUGUGGACCAGCGUACUCUGUCUCUGUCUCUUCAGGUUCUGCAGCGCCGCAACCGUGUACAAGAUCUGCGCAUGGUUGCAGCUCACGGCAGGUUUCUGUCUGGCGUUGGCUUGUCUUCUAUUUCCAGACUCGUGGGAGAGUCCAGAGAUGAGAGCUCUGUGUGGAGACUCUGUGGGCAGUUUCUCUCCAGGUAACUGUUCGGUCCACUGGGCCUACAUCUUGGCUAUCCUGGGUGUUCUGGACGCUGCCAUCUUGGCCACGCUGGCCUUCGUCCUUGCCAACAGACAGGACGCCCUGCUGCCCCCAGACACUAAGGAUGUGACCACAGGUCUGCUGAUGUCAGCGUAGAGCCGCCAGCGGCGGUUGGUCGUCACUUCUCCUCCUCCUGAUAUCUCCUACCCUUCAUCAUCAUCUUCAUCAUUAUAGGAGACAAAUAUCAACAUCAGCCAGAAGAAGAAUGAACCAGUCCUCCUGCUCUCCUUUCUCUUUAAUGCCGUCGUGAGGAAAGAUGGAUAAAGAUGAGCGGGAAGAAAGAAAAGGAGAUGCAAGACAGUAAAGGUGCAGAACACUGGAGGAUACAGAAGGUCUAUAUUAACUUUAGUAAAGUGUUCAGCUGUGCAUUUACAAAAUAUAACCUGUGACAUGGCUCAGCUGGUGGUUUAUAGCAUCGCACAGUAUUUAUUAUGUCUGUCUGUGUUCAUGUGUUGAGGCAAGAAGGUUUGGACAAGAUGUAGCGCCUCCAGCAUGAAUAACAUACAAUUCAAAUAAUGGUUCUGAACCAACCGCAACACUUUAGAGGUGUGGUACUGUAAUGAGAGUCAGCUCAAUUUAUCGAUUCUGAUUCAGAUUGUGAUUGAAAAGAAAUACGGUUCUUAUCCACUUCCUCCUUGCUCAUCUUCUUCUUAGAAAUUUGGUCUCCAACUUGGAACCGGUUCUUGAUAACCAACCGUCCACGAGACUGAAUUGCCAAUGUGUUUGUACUGAUAAUUUAAGUACAACAAAAUGUAUUUCUUGUUGUUGGCAUAACGUCACAAUAAUAUAUAUUUAAAUAUGAUUGUCUAAUAUUGAAUUCAUGUUCCCAGGGCUAUGCUAGUGUGAAGGUAGGAAGAGGAGAGGUGGUCUGAUGGGAAAAAAAAAUAACAGAUGAUGGUGGAGAAAGAGCUUCAGUUAGUUCUGUCUGCAUGGCGGCUCUGCAGCGACGCCCCAAACAGAAGCUCAACAUGUUCUAUAAAAAUCAUCUUCUGUGAGUUUAAAACAUGUCAACAUUAAAUCUGAACCUCAAAGCAGCCAGCUGAGUUAAAGUCUGUGAUCUCUGUUUAGCUUAGCUUAGCACUAAUAUGUCAUCUACUCCAAAUCUGUUCAAUUUACAUGUUGGCUAGGUCCAGCUAGCUUAGAGUUAGCUUGUAGGUUUAGUUAGCUUAUGCGGCAUUCAGACCAAACGUGAAUUUAAUCCAUGCAACGCUUUCCUCGCGGGGGUUUUGUCGCUGGAGAGCUGCAGAGUGUUCACACACAACGCAAUAACGCGAAUAAGCUUGAGAUACAGGCAGCACCUGGGCCAAGUUAGCUUAGAUUUAUCUCCGGGCCCUUUUAGCUUAGAAGUAGCUUCUAGGUUUGGUUAGCUCAGAGUUAGCUUCUAGGUUUAGUUAGCUUAGAUGUCCAGUUAACGUCAGGGUCCGCUUAGCUUAGAAUUAGCUUAAGAUCCAGAGAGCACCUGGGUUCUACUUUCAGACUGUGCUAAGCUAGGUUAACAGUUUCUCCUUCUUCCAGACUUUGUGCUAAGCUAGGCUAAUCACAGAGAUGAAGGUGAUCUGAAACAUCUGACACAGAAAAAGAGAACUGAAGGAAAAUCUCAGUUUCCUGUUAGCAUGACCUUUGACCUCUGAAGCACAAAAGUAGAUUAUGCAGUUUUUCCCUUCAGCGAGUCUUCCAGGCUGAACAGCUGUUAGUUGUUUAUUAGAUAACUUUGCCUUGAACUGUUUCUGCCUGUUUAACUGUUUAAACUUUUAUUUUUGUAGAGCAUGUGUGACCGUGUAGAACUACAUAUAUCAACAAUCAGCAUCAUUGCACUCUGGACAUUUACACAUUUUUGAAUUUGUUUAAUUAAAUGUUAAACGUGAGAUGUCACAUGACUAAACUUAAGAAUCAAGUGUUGCUUCAUGGGUGAGAAAAACCUCUUAAGUUAACACAACUGAAGAUAAAUAUUGUCCCUCAUGUGUCUCCGUACAGUUUAGCCUCAAAAGAAAAAUAACAAUUUUAUAAUCUUAUAACAUUUUGUAGAAUGUUUGUAUGCAGAUUGUUGUUGUUUGUAUUUACAGAAUGUAUCGUGCAUGUCAGUGCAGA